AGGUGUGGCCUGGGCGCCUGGUGCCAGCGGGGAGGAGACUCGCGCCGCCUCGACCAACACCAACACCCAGGCGCGACCCAGCUCCUCUGAGCCCUCGCUGCCCUCCGAGCCACAGCUCCGCUCCGGUUCCCGCGCCCAGCCAGUCGCCGUCCCCGUCUCCGCCCUGCUGGAGCGCUGCGCCCUCGCCAGCCCUCCACGUCCCGCGCUCCUCUCCGGGAGCCCCUCGCGUGCUCCGAGGCGACGCCUCGCGUAUGCCGCGGCGCUGAGCGCCUGUCUUGAGUGACCGCAGACAUGAGCUGCAACGGCGGCUCCCACCCGCGGAUCAACACGCUGGGUCGUAUGACCCGCGCGGAGUCCGGCCCCGACCUGCGCUACGAGAUGACCUACAGCAGUGGCGGCGGCGGCGGGGGCGGCGGGGGCGGCGGCGGUGGCACCAGCAGGAUGUACUACUCCCGGCGCUGCACCGUCAACGACCAGAACUCCGACGGCUACUGUCAAACCGGCACCAUGUCCAGGCAUCAGAACCAGAACACUAUCCAAGAACUUCUGCAAAACUGCUCAGACUGUCUGAUGCGGGCGGAGCUGAUCGCGCAGCCGGAGCUGAAAUUCGGAGAGGGGAUCCAGCUGGCAUGGAACCGAGAGCUGGAUGAGUAUUUCACACAAGCCAACGAUCAGAUGGAAAUCAUAGAUGGCUUGAUCCGGGAGAUGAGGCAGAUGGGCCAGCCCUGUGAUGCGUAUCAGAAAAGACUGCUUCAGCUCCAGGAACAAAUGAGAGCCCUUUACAAGGCCAUCAGCGCCCCUCGAGUCCGAAGGGCCAGCUCCAAGGGAGGCGGAGGGUACACCUGCCAGAGUGGCUCCGGCUGGGAUGAGUUCACCAAACGCCUCACGGGCGAGUGUCUGGGCUGGAUGAGGCAGCAGAGGGCGGAAAUGGACCUGAUGGCCUGGGGUGUGGACUCUGCUUCAGUGGAACAGCACAUCAACAGCCACAGAAGCAUCCACAACGCCAUCGGAGACUACCGCUGGCAGCUCGACAAGAUCAAAGCAGAUCUGCGUGAGAAGUCGGCAAUCUACCAGUUGGAGGAGGAAUAUGAAAACCUGCUGAAAGCCUCCUUCGAGAGGAUGGACCACCUGCGCCAGCUGCAGAACAUCAUCCAGGCCACCUCUCGGGAGAUCAUGUGGAUCAAUGACUGCGAGGAGGAGGAGCUGCUGUAUGACUGGAGUGACAAGAACACCAACAUCGCUCAGAAGCAGGAGGCCUUCUCUAUACGCAUGAGUCAACUGGAAGUCAAGGAAAAGGAACUCAAUAAGCUUAAACAAGAAAGUGACCAGCUUGUCCUCAAUCAGCAUCCAGCUUCAGACAAAAUUGAGGCAUAUAUGGACACUCUGCAGACACAGUGGAGCUGGAUUCUGCAAAUCACCAAGUGCAUUGAUGUCCAUCUCAAAGAAAAUGCUGCCUACUUUCAGUUUUUUGAAGAGGCCCAGUCAACCGAAGCUUACCUGAAGGGGCUGCAGGACUCCAUCAGGAAGAAAUACCCCUGUGACAAGAACAUGCCCCUGCAGCACCUGCUGGAGCAGAUCAAAGAGCUGGAGAGAGAACGGGAGAAGAUCCUCGAAUACAAGCGUCAGGUGCAGAACUUGGUAAACAAGUCCAAGAAGAUCGUGCAGCUGAAACCUCGGAACCCGGACUACAGGAGCAACAAGCCCAUUAUUCUCAGGGCUCUAUGUGACUACAAACAAGACCAGAAAAUCGUACACAAAGGGGACGAGUGCAUCCUGAAGGACAACAAUGAACGCAGCAAGUGGUACGUGACCGGGCCUGGGGGCGUCGACAUGCUGGUUCCCUCCGUGGGCCUGAUCAUCCCGCCUCCGAACCCACUGGCUGUGGACCUUUCUUGCAAGAUUGAGCAGUACUAUGAAGCCAUCUUGGCUCUGUGGAACCAGCUCUACAUCAACAUGAAGAGCCUGGUGUCUUGGCACUACUGCAUGAUUGACAUUGAGAAGAUCAGAGCCAUGACUAUUGCCAAGCUGAAAACAAUGAGACAGGAAGAUUACAUGAAGACCAUUGAAGACCUUGAGCUCCAUUACCAAGAUUUCAUCAAAAACAGCCAAGGCUCAGAGAUGUUUGGAGAUGAUGACAAACGGAGGAUGCAGUCUCAGUUCACCGAUGCCCAGAAGCAUUACCAGACCCUGGUCAUUCAGCUUCCUGGCCAUCCCCAGCACCAGACAGUUACCAAAACUGAAAUCACUCACGUGGGUACCUGCCAAGAUGUCAACCACAAUAAAGUCAUUGAAACUAACAGAGAAAACGACAAACAGGAGACGUGGCUGCUGAUGGAACUGCAGAAGAUCCGCAGGCAGAUGGAGCAUUGCGAGGGCAGGAUGACGCUCAAAAAUCUCCUGCUCACUGACCAAGGCUCUACACACAACAUCACCGUGAAAAUCAAUGAGCUCAAGAGUGUACAGAACGACUCACAGGCCCUGGCCGAGGUUCUCAAUCAGCUUAAAGACAUGCUUGCCAACUUCCGAGGGUCUGAAAAAUACUGCUAUUUACAGAAUGAGAUAUUUGGACUAUUUCAGAAGCUGGAAAAUAUCAAUGGGGUCACAGAUGGCUACUUAAACAGCCUGUGCUCCGUGAGGGCUCUUCUCCAGGCCAUUCUGCAAACAGAAGACAUGCUGAAGGUCUACGAAGCGAGGCUGACGGAGGAGGAAACUGUCUGUCUGGACCUGGAUAAGGUGGAGGCUUACCGCUGCGGGCUGAAGAAAAUAAAAAAUGACUUGAACUUGAAAAAGUCGCUGCUGGCCACCAUGAAGACGGAGCUGCAGAAGGCACAGCAGAUCCACUCCCAGUCCUCACAGCAGUACCCGCUCUAUGACCUGGACCUGGGCAAAUUCACUGAGAAAGUGACACAGCUGACGGACCGCUGGCAAAAGAUAGACAAACAGAUAGACUUCCGAUUGUGGGACCUGGAGAAACAAAUCAAACAACUGAGGAAUUAUCGUGACAACUAUCAGAGCUUCUGCAAGUGGCUCUAUGAUGCCAAACGCCGCCAGGACUCUUUGGAGUCCAUGAAGUUUGGAGAUUCCAACACAGUCAUGCGGUUUUUGAAUGAGCAGAAGAACCUGCACAAUGAAAUAUCUGGCAAACGAGAUAAAUCAGAAGAAGUACAUAAAAUCGCUGAACUUUGCGCAAACUCAAUUAAGGAUUAUGAGCUCCAGCUGGCAUCAUACACCUCCGGGCUGGAGACUCUACUCAACAUACCUAUUAAGAGGACAAUGGUUCAGUCCCCGUCUGGAGUGAUUCUGCAAGAGGCUGCAGACAUUCAUGCGAGGUACAUUGAACUGCUUACAAGGUCUGGAGACUACUACAGAUUCUUAAGUGAGAUGCUGAAGAGUUUGGAAGAUCUAAAGCUAAAGAAUACCAAGAUAGAAGUUUUGGAAGAGGAGCUAAGGCUGGCCCGGGAUGCCAACUCGGAAAAUUGCAAUAAGAAUAAGUUCCUGGAUCAGAAUUUGCAAAAAUACCAGGCGGAGUGUUCCCAGUUCAAAGCCAAGCUUGUGAGCCUGGAGGAGCUGAAGAGGCAGGCCGAGCUGGAUGGAAAGUCAGCCAAGCAGAACCUAGACAAGUGCUACGGUCAGAUCAAGGAGCUUAACGAGAAGAUCACGCGGCUCACUUACGAGAUUGAAGACGAGAAGCGCAGGAGAAAGACCGUGGAGGACAGGUUCGACCAACAGAAGAACGACUACGACCAGCUGCAGAAGGCAAGGCAGUGCGAGAAGGAGAGCCUUGGCUGGCAGAAGCUGGAGUCCGAGAAAGCCAUCAAGGAGAAGGAGUACGAGAUAGAGAGGUUGAGGGUUCUGCUGCAGGAAGAGGGCGCCCGGAAGAGAGAGUAUGAAAAUGAGCUGGCAAAGGUAAGAAACCACUAUAAUGAGGAGAUGAGUAAUUUAAGGAACAAGUAUGAAACAGAGAUUAACAUCACCAAGACCACCAUCAAGGAGAUAUCCAUGCAGAAGGAAGACGAUUCCAAGAACCUCAGGAACCAGCUGAGCAGACUCUCCCAGGAGAACCGAGAUCUCAAGGACGAGAUAGUCAGGCUCAACGACAGCAUCUUGCAGGCCUCAGAGCAGCGGAGGCGGGCUGAGGAAAACGUCCUUCAGCAGAAAGCCUGUGGCUCGGAAAUCAUGCAGAAGAAGCAGCACCUGGAGAUUGAACUGAAACAGGUCAUCCAGCAGCGCUCCGAGGACAACGCCAGGCACAAGCAGUCCCUGGAGGAGGCUGCCAAGACAAUUCAGGACAAAAAUAAAGAGAUCGAAAGACUCAAGGCUGAGUAUCAGGAGGAGGCCAAGCGUCGCUGGGAAUACGAAAAUGAACUGAGUAAGGUAAGAAACAGUUACGAUGAGGAGAUCAUUAGCCUAAAAAACCAGUUCGAGACUGAGAUCAACAUCACCAAGACCACCAUCCACCAGCUGACCAUGCAAAAGGAGGAGGACACCAGCGGCUACCGAGCUCAGAUAGACAAUCUCACCCGAGAAAACAGGAGCUUGUCUGAGGAGGUCAAGAGGCUGAAGAACACUCUAGCCCAGACCACCGAGAACCUCAGGAGGGUUGAAGAAAAUGUUCAGCAGCAAAAGGCCACUGGCUCAGAGAUGUCGCAGAGGAAACAGCAGCUGGAGAUGGAGCUCCGGCAGGUCACUCAGAUGCGAUCUGAAGAGAGCAUGAGGUACAAACAGUCCCUCGAUGACGCUGCCAAGACCAUCCAAGAUAAAAACAAGGAGAUCGAGAGGCUCAAACAGCUGGUAGACAAAGAAACCAGUGAGAGGAAGUGCCUGGAGGAAGAGAACUCCAAGUUGCAGAGAGUCCAGUAUGACCUGCAAAAAGCCAACAACAACGCCACGGAGGCCAUGAGUAAACUGAAGGGCCAGGAACAGGAGUUGACGCGCCUGCGGAUUGACUAUGAGAGGGUGUCCCAGGAGAGGACAGUGAGGGAUCAGGACAUCAUGAGGAUCCAGAGCUCCCUGAAGGACCUGCAGCUGCAGAAGCAGAAAGCGGAAGAGGAGCUGAGUAGGCUGAAGAGAACCGCCUCGGACGAGUCCUCCAAGAGGAAGAUGCUGGAGGAGGAGCUGGAGGCCAUGAGGCGGUCCCUGAAGGAGCAAGCCGGCAAGAUCACCAGCCUGACCCAGCAGCUGGAGCAGGCGUCCAUUGUUAAGAAACGGAGCGAGGAUGACCUCAGGCAGCAGAGGGAUGUGCUGGAUGGCCACGUGAGGGAGAAGCAGAGGACCCAGGAGGAGCUGAGGAGGCUCUCCUUGGAUGUAGAGGCCCUUCGGCGGCAGCUGGUACAGGAACAGGAGAACGUCAAGCAGGCUCACUUGAGGAAUGAGCAUUUCCAGAAGGCCAUAGAAGACAAAAGCAGGAGCCUCAAUGAGAGCAAAAUCGAGAUCGAAAGGUUACAGUCGCUCACCGAGAACCUGACCAAGGAGCACCUGAUGCUGGAGGAAGAGCUGCGGAACCUGAGGCUGGAAUACGACGACCUGCGGAGGGGCCGGAGUGAAGCGGACAGCGAUAAAAACGCAACCAUUUCCGAGCUAAGGAGCCAGCUGCAGAUGAGCAACAAUCGGACCCUGGAACUGCAGGGGCUGAUUAAUGAUUUACAGAGAGAGAGGGAAAAUUUGAGACAGGAAAUUGAGAAAUUCCAAAAGCAGGCUUUAGAGGCAUCUAAUAGGAUUCAGGAGUCGAAGAGUCAGUGCACUCAAGUCGUUCAAGAGAGAGAGAGCCUGUUGGUGAAGAUUAAAGUCCUGGAGCAAGACAAGGCCAGGCUGCAGCGUCUGGAGGACGAGCUGAACCGCGCCAAGGCAACGCUGGAGGCAGAGAGCCGGGUCAAACAGCGCCUGGAGUGCGAGAAGCAACAGAUCCAGAACGACCUGAACCAGUGGAAAACUCAGUACUCCCGCAAGGAGGAGGCCAUUAGGAAGAUAGAGUCAGAAAGAGAGAAGAGCGAGAGGGAGAAGAACAGUCUCAGGAGUGAGAUCGAGAGACUCCAGGCGGAGAUCAAGAGGAUUGAAGAGAGGUGCAGGAGGAAGCUGGAGGAUUCCACUAGGGAGACUCAGUCGCAGCUGGAAACAGAACGCUGCAGGCUUCAGAAGGAGAUCGACAAACUCAGGCAGCGCCCCUAUGGGUCCCAUCGGGAGACGCAGACCGAGUACGAGUGGACCGUGGAUUCCUCCAAGCUGGUUUUUGACGGGCUGAGGAAGAAGGUGACUGCAAUGCAGCUCUAUGAGUGCCAGCUGAUCGACAAGACGACACUGGACAAGUUGCUGAAGGGGAAGAAGUCAGUGGAGGAGGUGGCUUCGGAGAUCCAGCCUUUCCUGCGGGGUGCAGGGGCCAUCGCUGGUGCUUCUGCUUCUCCCAAGGAAAAAUACUCGUUGGUGGAGGCCAAGAGAAAAAAAUUCAUCACCCCAGAAUCCACAGUCAUGCUUCUGGAAGCCCAGGCAGCCACGGGCGGUGUCAUUGAUCCCCAUCGGAAUGAGAAGCUCACUGUGGACAAUGCCAUAGCUCGCGACCUCAUUGACUUCGAUGACCGCCAACAGAUCUACACAGCGGAGAAGGCCAUCACUGGUUUUGAUGACCCGUUUUCAGGCAAGACCGUGUCUGUUUCAGAAGCCAUCAAGAAGAAUUUGAUUGACCGAGAGACCGGAAUGCGCCUUCUGGAAGCCCAGCUUGCUUCAGGAGGCGUAGUUGAUCCAGUUAACAGUGUCUUUUUGCCAAAAGAUGUCGCCCUGGCCCGUGGGCUGAUUGAUAGAGAUUUGUAUCGCUCCUUGAAUGAUCCCCGAGAUAGUCAGAAGAACUUCGUGGACCCAAUCACCAAGAAGAAGGUUAGCUACAUGCAGCUGAGAGAAAGGUGCAGGAUCGAACCCCACACCGGUCUGCUCCUGCUGUCAGUCCAGAAGAGGAGCAUGUCCUUCCAAGGAAUCAGACAACCUGUGACCGUCACCGAAUUGGUUGAUUCUGGCAUAUUGAGACCGUCCACUGUAAAUGAACUGGAAUCCGGUCAGAUUUCUUAUGACGAGGUUGGCGAGAGAAUUAAGGACUUUCUCCAGGGUUCCAGCUGCAUAGCAGGCAUCUAUAAUGAGACCACUAAGCAGAAGCUUGGUAUCUAUGAGGCUAUGAAAAUUGGCUUAGUUCGACCCGGUACAGCUCUGGAGUUGCUGGAAGCCCAAGCAGCCACUGGCUUUAUAGUGGAUCCAGUCAGCAAUUUAAGGUUACCUGUGGAGGAAGCCUACAAGAGAGGUCUGGUGGGCAUUGAGUUCAAAGAGAAGCUCCUGUCUGCAGAACGAGCCGUCACUGGCUACAACGAUCCUGAGACCGGAAACAUCAUCUCCUUAUUCCAAGCAAUGAAUAAGGAACUCAUCGAAAAGGGCCACGGCAUUCGCUUACUGGAGGCGCAGAUCGCAACGGGCGGGAUCAUUGAUCCAAAAGAGAGCCACCGGCUACCGGUCGACAUGGCGUACAAGAGGGGUUAUUUUAACGAGGAGCUUAGCGAAAUCCUCUCAGACCCAAGUGAUGACACCAAAGGCUUUUUUGAUCCAAACACUGAAGAAAACCUCACCUAUCUGCAACUGAAAGAAAGAUGCAUCAAAGACGAGGAAACGGGGCUCUGCCUGCUGCCUCUGAAAGAAAAGAAGAAACAGGUGCAGACUUCACAGAAGAACACCCUCAGAAAGCGGAGGGUGGUCAUAGUUGACCCGGAAACCAAUAAGGAGAUGUCAGUUCAGGAGGCCUACAAGAAAGGCCUUAUUGAUUAUGAAACCUUCAAAGAGCUAUGUGAACAAGAGUGUGAAUGGGAAGAAAUAACUAUCACGGGAUCGGAUGGCUCCACCAGGGUGGUCCUAGUAGACAGGAAGACGGGCAGUCAGUAUGACAUUCAAGAUGCGAUUGACAAGGGCCUCGUUGACAGGAAGUUCUUCGAUCAAUACCGAUCAGGCAGCCUUAGCCUCACACAGUUUGCUGACAUGAUCUCCUUGAAAAAUGGCGUUGGCAACAGCAGCGGCUUGGGCGGGAAUGUCAACGAUGAUGUUUUUAGCAGCUCCCGACAUGAAUCCAUGAGUAAGAUUUCCACCAUAUCCAGUGUCAGAAAUUUAACCAUCCGAAGCAGCUCUCUGUCUGACCCUCUGGAAGAGUCAAGCCCCAUUGCGGCCAUCUUUGACACAGAAAACCUGGAGAAAAUCUCAAUUACUGAAGGUAUAGAGCGGGGUAUCGUGGAUAGCAUCACUGGUCAGAGGCUUCUGGAGGCUCAGGCCUGCACAGGUGGCAUCAUCCAUCCUACCACCGGUCAGAAGCUGUCCCUUCAAGAUGCUGUCUCCCAGGGUCUCAUUGACCAAGACAUGGCCACCAGGCUGAAGCCUGCCCAGAAGGCCUUCAUUGGCUUUGAAGGUGUGAAAGGAAAGAAAAAGAUGUCAGCAGCAGAGGCAGUGAAAGAAAAAUGGCUGCCCUAUGAGGCAGGCCAGCGCUUCCUGGAGUUCCAGUUCCUCACCGGAGGCCUGGUUGACCCGGAAGUGCAUGGGAGGAUCAGCACCGAAGAAGCCAUCCGCAAAGGUUUCAUCGAUGGCCGUGCAGCUCAGAGGUUGCAGGACAUCAGCAGCUAUGCCAAAAUCCUCACCUGCCCCAAAACCAAGUUAAAGAUCUCCUACAAGGAUGCCAUGAAUCGCUCCAUGGUGGAAGACAUCACUGGGCUGCGCCUUCUGGAAGCCGCCUCCGUGUCCUCUAAGGGUUUGCCUAGCCCCUAUAACAUGUCGGCCCCAGGCUCCCGCUCUGGUUCGAGGUCCGGAUCUCGUUCCGGCUCCCGCUCUGGUUCCCGCAGCGGGUCACGGAGAGGAAGCUUCGAUGCGACGGGGAAUUCUUCUUACUCCUAUUCCUAUUCAUUUAGCAGUAGCUCCAUUGGGUACUAGUGGUCAGAAGUAGUUGCCAUACUUUAGAAUAAUUUGUAUGAAUUUCUACUUUAUCUUAACAAAGAAAACCUGGUGCUUGCAGUAUAGUCGUAGAGCUUUCCAUGCUUAAAACGCAGCUGCAAUAAAAUUCUAGUAGUAAAGGCUCAUUUAGCUCUGUAGCUUUUGGAUCAACUAAUGUCCUUCCAUAUAGUGAAUGAGAAGAGAUAGUCAUUUGUAAGGAUAGCACACACUGAAUUUGGAGUUUAUUUCUUCUGUGUUUUGAUCAAUUCUCAGUAACUUUUCUUGGCCUAUAAGGUUCAAUUUCUAUGUCUAGAGAUAUAAGAAGUUACACUGACUACUGGUGUCUUAGUCCUUAUGUUGUCUCUUACCUAAAUAGUUCCACUUUCUGCAUUAGGAGAAAACUGGCCCCUCCCCACUCUGAGUAUUUUGUCCCAAGUUCCCUUUAGUUUGAGAACAUAGAUUGUAUCACCCAUAUAAUCUUGAAUACACUUGUUUGGUUUGGUAUUACUUUGACUAUGUCCACAAUAGCAGUGAUCUUUGCUUUUUGUUAGCCAAGGUUUUCUGUUUAUUUGGCUUGUCAUUUUCCAUGUGCUUUAAAAAGGUGUCUUUAUGAAGUUUGCUGUUCUGGCAAUAAACUUUUAGACUUUGGAAA